UGGUGAAAGCUCUCCUAGAGCCAUGGUUGCCUCAUCGCCUCUCGCUCUCACUCUCACUCUCAGAUAGAGCAUCGCUGUUGCAGUGACGCUGACGCACAAAACCAGAUUAGCAUGGCGAUUGGCGAAUUGUGAAUUGUUCGAGGGUGGGGAGAUGGGCGCAACUGUAAUUUCGCUAAUUCUGAAAUCCCCAUUUAUGGCCACCCACAAACCUCGGCUCGCUCUAUAUAAAUACGUCCUAUUCCUGCCCCGCACGCCACAUCCUCUUUCCCUCUCUCUCUCUCUCUCAAUUUUUCCGUCUGGACGAUAUUGAGGUACGAGACGGGUCAAGUAUUGGCGGAUUGUACCCGUUAGUUGAAAAUGGGUUCACAAACUGUCGAAGAAAUGAUACAUGCUUCCGGGGUUCAUUUUUCGGGAUUUCAUUUGGGAUCCAGAGAUUCAUGCACUGCAGUGGAAGGCCGGGCGACUGCCCCUGCUGAAAAUGUCAAACAGCCCUUUCUCAUUGGAGUUGCCGGAGGCUCAGCAUCUGGAAAGACUACAGUUUGCGAUAUGAUUAUAAAACAGCUUCGUGAUCAGCGUGUUGUACUUGUUAAUCAGGAUUCCUUUUAUCACAAUUUGAAGGCAGACGAACUUAAAAAGGUCCAUGAGUACAACUUUGAUCAUCCUGAUGCAUUCGACACCGAGCAGUUACUAAGUGCCAUGGAAAGACUCAAGCAUGCUCAGGCAGUGGAUAUUCCUCUAUAUGAUUUCAAAAGUUAUAAAAAUGAAGUCUUUCCAGCUCGAAGAGUCAAUCCCUCAGAUGUCAUUAUUCUUGAAGGGAUACUUGUAUUUCACGAUCAGCGUGUCCGAGAUCUUAUGAACAUGAAGAUUUUUGUCGAUACAGAUGCUGAUGUACGCCUGGCGAGGAGAAUAAAGCGCGACACAGUAGAGAAGGACAGAGAUAUUGCUACGGUUCUUGAUCAGUAUUCGAAGUUUGUAAAGCCCGCAUUCGAUGAUUUUAUACUUCCAACAAAGAAGUAUGCUGACAUUAUCAUCCCUCGGGGAGGAGACAACGAUGUCGCUGUCGACUUGAUUGUUCAACAUAUUCGGACCAAGCUUGGCCAGCACAACCUUUGUAAAAUAUAUCCUAAUUUAUAUGUUAUUCAAUCAACUUUUCAGAUCCGGGGUAUGCACACCCUUAUCCGCGAUGCCCAAACAACGAAACAUGACUUCGUCUUCUACUCUGAUCGGUUGAUCCGAUUGGUUGUCGAACACGGUCUGGGCCAUCUCCCGUUCACUGAAAAGCAGGUGAUCACUCCAACUGGAUCUGUUUACACCGGAGUAGACUUCUGUAAGAGGUUAUGCGGCGUCUCUGUUAUCAGAAGUGGCGAGAGCAUGGAGAAUGCGCUGCGUGCAUGCUGCAAGGGAAUAAAGAUCGGCAAAAUUCUUAUACACAGGGAGGGCGACAACGGUCAACAACUGAUCUACGAAAAACUUCCCAACGACAUCUCAGAUAGGCACGUCUUGUUGUUGGAUCCAAUUCUCGGCACAGGGAAUUCGGCUGUCCAAGCAAUUUCUUUGCUGAUCAAGAAGGGAGUUCCUGAGCCAAACAUUAUCUUCCUCAAUCUAAUAUCAGCACCUCAAGGAGUACAUGUGGUGUGCAAACGUUUCCCCCGGCUGAAGAUCGUGACAUCUGAGAUAGAAAUCGGUCUGAAUAAAGAUUACCGGGUGAUUCCAGGGAUGGGCGAGUUUGGCGACAGAUACUUCGGCACAGACGACGAUUGACAAGCAACGGCAACGACAAUGACAACAACGUCUCGAUCUGCAAAAACAUCACCAGCCACAAACGGGAAAGAAAUAAAAUUGAAAAUAAACAAAACGAGACGAGCAUGGAUAGCUUGCCAGUGAAUCUGGAGUUUUGAUUUUUUGGAAUUCUGAAAUGAAACUUAUAUAUAUAUAAAUAUCGCCGUAAUUUAACUGAAAGUUGUAUUUUUUUGCUAUGAUCAUAAAUGGGGUUGGUUUCUUCUU